AUUGGAAUGGGUUGGAUAAAGGGAUAGCCUUCUUCCGCCACAACCCAGUAGCGAAGCCAGGUCGAAGCGUAGCAAAGAUAAGCGGAGAAAGGGUAGGGCAAAGAUGCGGAUCUCUUGUGCGACAACUCCUUCCCUCUCCUCCUCCUUCGUCGCUUCUCCACUCUUCUUACCCAAUUCCCAUUCUUUUGCUAACGUGUCCCUCGCCAAGGCCCCGUCGGCCGUCCGCCUCCGUGUCCGCUGCGAGCUCGCCGCCAUCCCCGUGCUCUCCUUCUCCGGGGAGAAGGUGGGUGACGUCCCCCUCGACCUCAAGUCCGCCCCCUCCGACACUGCCCGUGCCGUCGUCCACCGCGGCCUUGUCGCCGAGCAGCAGAACCAGCGCCGCGGCACCGCUUCCACCCUCACCCGCGGCGAGGUCCGCGGUGGAGGGAAGAAGCCCUACCCCCAGAAGAAGACCGGCGGCGCCCGCCGCGGAUCCCAGCGCACCCCGCUUCGCCCCGGCGGUGGCGUCGUCUUCGGCCCCAAGCCGCGCGACUGGAGCGUCAAGAUCAACCGCAAGGAGAAGCGCCUCGCUCUGUCCACUGCCCUCGCCAGCGCCGCCUCGGCCGCCGACGCCCUUGUGGUGGAGGACUUCGGCCAGGAGUUCGAGGCCGGGCCCAAGACCAAGGAGUUCGUGGCGGCCAUGCGGAGGUGGGGGCUCGACCCCAAGCGGAAGGCCAUGUUCCUGUUGACGGAGGUGUCGGAUAACGUCCUGCUCUCCUGCAGGAACAUUGGGACCAUCAAGUUGCUAACCCCCAGAACGCUCAACCUGUUUGACAUUCUCGACUCAGAGAAAUUGGUAUUCACCAAAUCGGCUGUGGAGUAUCUCAAUUCAAUGUAUGGGGAAAAUGCGGAAGAGGAGGGGGAUGGAGAAGAAGAGGAGGAAGAGAUUGUUCUUGCAGGAGACAACUAAGAUCAUACAAAUCACGUUCAUUAUCAUGUGCCGGAGUCCAAAGACUUUUGUCCUACUUUGAUACAAAUCAAGUUUUCAGCUUGUUUUAGGGGGCAUCAGAAUCUUACAUCAUGAAGCAGGUUGGAUAGUUGCUUCUUGCAGUUUGUCAUAGUUAUAAGCUGUAACUGAUGUAGGUUUCAUUGUUUCCAGCUUCACAUUCUCAUGAGGUUUUUAACUCCAUGGAAAUUUGUUGUCCAAUUGGUUUCUCGCAGACAUGUUAAUAUCUUGUGUAUUUUGAACAUUGAGUUAAUUGGCAUCUAGUUUGUGUCGAA